UUUUUUAAUCUUUUCCCUUAUUAUUUUGUAUUUUCUCUUAAAAGUGUAUUAUAAAGUUCAAUAAAAAUCUACAAAAUGGCGCCAUCAAAUAGUUAUUAUAAUUUUGAGAGUAAUACAAGCUCAUAUAGUUUCUGGAAUUCACCAGACUAUUUUAAAUUGUAUGAUGAUGUUGGUAUUUGGAAUCAAACAAUAACAAUUUUAAAUCAUACAACAUCAUCAAUACCACCAUUAUUGGCAUCUGUUUCACCGUCUACUGCAACAAAAUUUGAACAAUACGAUGAUAGUUUUUCAUUUGAUGAUGAUGAUGAUGAUAGUACCAGUAGUAAUAACAGUGGUAAUAUUAAUAUUAGUAAUAAUAAUAAUAAUAACAAUAAUAAUAAUAAUAUUUUAAGAAAUGGUAAAAAUUUAGAUAGAAUAGAAUAUGGUAGAAGAUCAAAAACUAAUAAUGGAAUCAUUGGAUUUAGAAACAUUUUUAAUAGUGAUAGUGGUAAAGAGCGUGAAGUAAGAAUUGCUGCUGAAAAUUCAAAUUUAUUACGUGGUAAUAAAAAUUUAAAUCAUGAUCAUAGUGAUACUUCAAUUAUUGAUUAUUCAUCAAAUGAAUUUGGUGUAAUUGAUGGUAGUAAUGGUUAUUCAAAUACACAAACUGGUGGUUUUGAACGUUUCUUUAAUUCAAAAAAUUCAACGAAUAGUCAUAUUAGUAAUAUAGAUGAUAUUAAUAAUUUUGAUAAUACCGAUAUAAUUGGUAUUAAUAGUAAUAAUAAUAAUAAUAAUGGAAUAAUUGGUAGUACUAGUAAUGUUGUUGGUAAUGGUGGUGAUGGCGUCAUUAAUAAUAAUGGAGGUAGCAGUAGUAUUAGUGAAAUAUAUCAAAAUUAUGAUACAGGAGGAUUAAGUGAUAAUAAUAAUUUAAUUGAUGAAAGUAAUGAUAAUAAUAAUAAUAUUGGUGGUGUUAGUAUUAUUGGUAAUAGAAAUUUGGGUAGUAAUGGUUUUAAUGGUUUAAGUAAUAGCAAUAAUAAUAAUAAUAAUGGUAAUGGUGCAAGUGGUAGUAAUUUUAUGUUAUUAUUUGAAGAUUUCGGUGAAUAUUUUUAUAAUUAUAAUAGUAGUAAUAGUUUAGGUAUUAAUAAUAAUGAUGGUAUAUUAAUUGGUAAUGGUAAUGGUGGUAUUAUUGGUGCUACAAGUAGUACAAGUAUAAAUAUAACAGAUUAUGAUUUACAAACAAAUUGUUCAUCUGUGAAUGCAACCUGUACUAUAGAUGAUAUAAUUGAAGCUCAAUAUAAUUACUGGGCAUUAAUAUUAAUAUUAUUUCCAAUUUUAACAUUAUUUGGUAAUAUUUUAGUUAUAUUAUCAGUAUUACGUGAACGUUCACUACAAACUGUGACCAAUUAUUUUAUAGUUUCUUUGGCAUUAGCUGAUUUAUUAGUAGCUGUAUUUGUGAUGCCAUUCGGCGUUUAUGUUUUGGUGAGUGAAAAUAACAUUGCAUACAUCUUAAUUUUUUUUUAUUGCGAAACAGCCAUGUUUAACAAAUAUCAGGAAGUGGAUGAAAUUAGAACAAUCGAUGAACUAGUACACGCAGCACAAAACCGAGAAGAAUUUGCAAAUAUAAUCAAAAACAUGCAAUAA